AUGUGCCGAAGUCUUCUCACGCUGUACGAAUGGUGUCAAUGUCAUGAGAGCGAGGUGCACAUCGCCUGCAAUGGCGUUGCCGGUGGGAGUUGCACCACUGUGGCCAGUGAGACGGUCCGCAUGCAAUGCUACUGUCGACGCCAUGCCACCACAGGCUGGGAGACCGAGGCCAAAGCGAGGAGGAAGCAGCGCAAGCUGGACAAGAAGAAGAACAAGAAUUCGACGGACACCAAUGGGUCGAAUCGCAUCCGCCGGAGAUGGUCAAUCUUUGAACGAGGGGCGGGGAUUUUCGUCCAGACGAAACAGUGGGAAGUGCAUAUCUACUGUUCUAUAUCUCGAAACAAUCCAUCAUCUGGCCAGUCGCUGUUUUAUCAUUCUAUGCCUGCUUAUGUAAGCAUACCGGCUAAGCUAGCGCGGAGCUCCACUGCGGCGACGACGCUAGCCAUGUCGGGACUAGCGCGUGGGGCAGUUGCUGCUCCACAACGCGACCGCGUCUGCCAUAAACUUCUAAGGCAAAUAAAUAAAACAAAAUUGCUCCUCAGGACGGCUGACCUAGCAGUCAUGGCUGACGCCGGUCAGCAAGACAAUGCGUCCAGCAUGUCUGGCUACGCUCCACGCUCGCCUGAGGAACGCCUGCCCCUUAACGUAGCCACGGAGCUCUCCGACAAUUUCAAUCGUCUUUCUCUUGCGACAGCCAAUGGCACCCCACUUCCAGCCUCGUCUCCCACUCUGUCACCCAGUGCUCCUCCCGAGAGGGUGCCCUCUCGAGCGCCCUCGCGCGCGCGACAUGUCUCUUCGUCUGCGACGCCCGUCCCGUCGAGAACUCCAGCGCCCCGGAGGACGCCUAGUUCAGUCUCUCUGAGGGACGAGCGGAGAGUCUCGACGCCCAGCUUGCAGAAACGUCUGUCUUCAAGCUCUUUGCGAUCGGUCAGCACCAGCAUGAAUGACCACAGUGGUGGUCCCCGCCCCAGUUUGUCCCGGCGCUCUUCCUACAACCAUCUGGCUUCUCCCACCCCAACGUCAAUGUGGUCGCCCAAAAGCCCUCUCGAAACGCCCGUCGAGGCAGCAGCGCCGACAGCCUCGUCCAUCGCGGCGGAGCACUUCAAGAAGGAGAUCCGAUUGCACGAAACGGUCGACUUGCAAUCCAAGACCCUCGUCGUUAUCCAGGACGCCUGCUAUGGACAUCGAUUCUCGCGCCCUCGGACCUCCAAAGCUGCUCUGAGCACGAUUGUCGAGCGCCCCGAACGGCUGCGCGCCAGCAUCCUCGGCCUCUCCACCGCAUAUGUGCGUGUCGGGAAGAGACAUGCCGGCGCAGCGUUCGCCCCGCAUCCCGAUCUCGAGAUUGAUCUCCUGCCUCCCCCGCCGUUCCAGAUCCGCAAGACAUCGCGCUCAGUGCCGCUGAACUCUCCGGCCGUGACCCAUGUUCACGGGGCCAAGUGGAUGGACGAUCUGAAGGCUAUGUGCGACGCUGCAGAAUCCCGUCUGGCAUUGAACGGCAAGGAGCUUGUUCGUCCGCGUAGUUCGGGGAAGGAUGAUGCUGCCAACGCUCCCAAGUUCCACGAGGGCGAUCUUUAUCUCUGCUCAGAGUCCCUUAAUGCCUUUGAGGGCGCCUUGGGCGGUGUGUGUGAGGCUGUAGAUGCGGUCUUCGCCCCGAAUUCAAUCCAGCGGGCGUUCGUCUGCAUCCGUCCGCCGGGACACCACUGCUCCUCGAGCCACCCGUCGGGCUUCUGCUGGCUGAAUAAUGUCCACGUCGGCAUCGCACAUGCGGCCAUGACGCAUGGGCUGACCCACGCCGCUAUCAUUGACUUCGAUCUCCACCAUGGUGACGGGUCGCAGGCCAUUGCUUGGGAGCAGAAUAAGCGCGCCUAUUCCGCUGCGAAGAAUGCAGCCCCUCACAAGAAGACCGCCAUCGGAUACUACAGUCUACAUGAUAUCAACUCGUUCCCUUGUGAAAUGGGGGAAGAGGAUAAAGUUCGUAAUGCCAGCGUCUGCAUUGAUAACGCCCAUGGGCAAUCGAUCUGGAACGUUCACCUGGAGCCUUGGAAGACCCCGGAAGAGUUCUGGAAGCUCUACAACAGCAAGUAUACUGUCUUGCUUGACAAAGCCCGCAAAUUCCUGCGCUUCCACACAGAUCGCUUGCGUGACUCGGAAGGCUCGCCACCACCAAAGGCAGCCAUCUUUAUCUCGGCCGGCUUCGACGCAAGUGAGUGGGAAGGAGUGGGGAUGCAACGGCACAAAGUGAACGUGCCCACGGACUUCUACGCUCGCUUUACUGCCGAUGUCGUUCAACUGGCCGAAGAGGAAGGAACUGGUACGGAUGGGAGAAUUAUCAGUGUGCUCGAGGGAGGCUAUAGCGAUCGAGCCUUGACCAGUGGUGUUCUCAGCCAUCUUUCGGGCCUCGCAGACACACGGAGCACUAUUCAGGCGCAGAACGCGGACCAACAAAGUCGUCUGGCCUCUGAGAUGAUCGGGCGCUUGGGAUGGAACAGUGAUGCGGAUGACAGGAUGUCCCUGGCUCAGGAGGACAGCAGAGCCGUUGUCUUUGACACGGAAUGGUGGAACCGUGAAUUGUUGGAGGAACUGGAGACUUUGGCCAAUCCUCCACCACCUCCGCCUGCAAAGAAGCCCCGCGAGAAAACUGGUCCGACAUUUUUCGCCCCGACCCAGUCAUCUGCCGCUAAGGUGGUUACGCCGGUAAAGGAGCGAAAGUUAAUGAGUUCGCCAAGCACGGAUGCAUAUGUCCCUCCACCGCUCCCCGAGGUGGACUGGGCGACUGCCGCUCAUGAAUUGUUCAAAGCCCUGAUUCCCACGGAUCGUCAGACUACAAGUUGCACGCCGGAAGACCUGAACGCGGAAGCGUCUCGCGCACGUCGAGAACGAGUUAUGAGCGCUGAACAGUCAGGAACCCGUGCGGCCGCUGAUGAAAAGCGCAUGCAGCUUCGAGAGAGGAAGCCCAAGCCAUCUUUGUCUAGCACGGCAAAACUCGAGACGCCACGACGGCCGUCUUCUCGAAGCAGUCGCAGAACGACCAUUGCGUCUGUGAAUGAUCUACCAGACCCAACGCUCGGAGUGGGUUCCGCGAAGGACUCUAGACGAAGGCAGAGUGCCUCUCCUAGUGUGAUUUCUGACGCCGGUGAUGCUCAAACACAGGCUGGCAGGAAGUCACCUACCAGGGCCAGUUCUCGGCCUGCCACAGCAGCAGGCACGCAUCCUUCUGGAGGGGUGGUUGUCAGAAAGUCCCGAGCUACCAGCGCUUCUCGCGGUUCGACGUCAAAACGAGCUGCCAGCCCGAGGAAAGCGCCGCCGGUUCCAAAGGUGCCAUCCUCGUAUUUGAACACUAUCCCCGCAUCUUCCACGAGUGAAGGAUCGCAGAAUGGAGAGGUUGCCCAGUCUACACAGACAGGAGCGACGGAGAAUGGAAACAAGGAUCAGGAUAUAGACAGCCUGACCGCGGGUGUGAAAAAGCUCACCAUCAAGCUCAAAGUUCCAUCGCCGGAAGAGAACGCAAUCCGCGAGAAGAAGGCUGCUGAAGCGCGGAAGAAAACUGGCGAGGAACCAAAGAAGGUUGCCAGUAGAAAACCGGCAGCCACAAAACCGACGAAAGCUGCAGAUCCCAAGGCUUCUGCAAAGAACUCUCGGCCUGCAGCUAGUCCAAACGAACCAGCGUCUCAAUCGGCAACCUCAGAUCAUCCAAAUGGGGUCAAAGUUGACGUGCCAGUCCCCAAAGCAGAAAUCUCGCCGCUGUCCAGCCCACAGGUUGACGGUGCUGGACCUGUCUCUCCAUCCAUCUCAGUCACUUCAGGAGGUGAAAUGAAGUCUGCAGACUCCAAUGAGAUUCCCGCCGCUGUUCAACAGACUGGCGCGGUCAUAUCUCCGCCACUCACUCCAGAAUCUGCUCAGACGGCGCAUCCUCAGAUCACUGUUCAGCCUCCAACAGCGUCUGUCGCAGCGGCUAAUUUGCCAGUCUUUACGUCUACCAGCCAGAUUCCAUUCGCAUCGGGUGACCAGCCAGGUUCUCAGCAGGGUUAA